AUGUAUUCACGGGCCGCUCGCCGAGGCCUCAAUGGCUCCCUCCCAGUGGCCUCGCGUCCCUUAUCAAGCUCCCUUUCGUCUCAACUUACAAACCUCCGGCUCCGGAGUUUGGUCCCUGCUUCUGCUCCUGUGACACACAAUACCCCCUCUUCCCAACGCCAAUUCAAUUCAAAGUCUGGUGAUAGAUCCGUCGCAGAUGCCGUUCCCAUCGAGAGGGAGGCCGUCUUUGAGAAGCGACAGGCGCCGUCUCCCUUUGAUGGUAUCCGGGAACGUAGGGCCAAAGCGGGAAAGCUGAUAGCAGGAGUGGCCGCGGCAUCAGAUAGCGACAUGUUCAAGGCUCCUGCAAUCGGCAAGCCCAAGGCGAAGCGAUGGGACCACCACCUCACAGCCGAGUCCCUCUCACGUCACCCCUGUUCCCUGAAGCAGGCGGCGCGCCACCUCAAGAAGCCCGGCCUCAUCUCCCUCGGCGGCGGCCUGCCGUCGAGCGCCUACUUCCCCUUCGCCGAGCUCUCCGUCCGGGUCCCCACCGCCCCGCACUUCUCCGAAGCCGAGACCCUCAAAUCGGGCCAGGUCCUCACCGUCGGCAAGUACGACACCCGCGACCCGGAGAAGCCAAACGCCGAGUAUGACCUCUCCAUCGCGCUCAACUACACGCAGUCGACUGGCUCCGCGCAGAUGAUGCGGUUCGUCACGGAGCACACCGAGCUCGUGUACAACCCGCCCUACGCGGACUGGCAGUGCUGCCAGACGGUCGGCAGCACCGGCGCCCUCGAGCAGACGCUCCGCAUGUUCUGCGACAAGGACAGGAAAGACAGCGUCUUGACGGAAGAGUACAGCUUCUCCACCGCCCUCGAGACCAUCACUCCUCUCGGCGUGAAGGCCGUCGGCGUCCCCAUCGACGAGCAAGGUCUCCUCCCCGAAGCCAUGGACGACCUGCUCACGAACUGGGACCCUGCCGCCCGCGACGGGCGCAGGAAGCCGCACCUCCUGUACACCGUCCCGUCGGGCCAGAACCCGACAGGCGCGACACAGUCCGCCGAAAGGCGCAGGGCAAUCUACGCCGUCGCGCAGAAACACGACCUGUUCAUCAUCGAAGACGAGCCGUACUACUUCCUCCAGAUGCAGCCGUACACGGGACCCGACUCGCCCGCGGCGCCUCCCCCGGCCUCCGUCGAGGAGUUCCUCGGCACGCUGAUCCCGUCGCUGCUGAGCAUGGACACGGACGGCCGCGUGCUCCGCAUGGACUCCUUCUCCAAGGUGCUCGUGCCCGGCUCGCGGCUCGGCUGGGUCACGGCGUCGGCGCAGAUCAUCGAGCGCUUCGUCCGACACGGCGAGGUCGCGAACCAAGGGCCCGCGGGCUUCUCGCAGAUCGCCGUGUGGAAGCUGCUCGACGACACGUGGGGCCACGAGGGGUACCUGCAGUGGCUGAUGAACCUGCGUAUGGAGUACACCCAGCGCCGCGACUGGCUGCUCGCCGCCUGCGAGAAGCAUCUCCCUCGGGAUAUAGUCAGUUGGACCCCGCCUGCCGCCGGCAUGUUUGUAUUGUGGUUGACGGUAGACCAAUCCCGGCACCCAGACGUCUCGUCGCGUCCUCUCCUCGAGAUCGAACAGGAAAUCUUUGAUUCGUGCAUCGACAAGGGCGUCCUCUGCGCGCGCGGGUCCUGGUUCCGCACCGAGCAGGACACGCCGCUCAAGGACCUCUUCUUCCGCGCCACCUUUGCAUCGGCCAGCGAGCAGGAUAUGGAUAAGGCCAUUCAGCGUCUGGGGUCCGCCAUCAAGGAGUCUUUCCGUCUUUGA